UCUUGUCAUAAUAAUAAAAAAUGUGAUAAAUCACAAACGUUGAAACGAUGAAAAUAUGUAUCUGUGUAUAAGUAUGUAUGCACUAUGCAGUAUGCUCGACGAUUACUUGUUGCAAUACUACUCAUAACUCAUUCAUAAAUUUGUAGAGACUGCGUCUACGUUUGAAUCUGCAUCUGAUUUCAUAUUGAUAUUAGGGUGCGCUAAAAAUCUGUCGCAGCUUUUGAGGAAUGCUGCCGUAGUACAGAAACUGUGCGGAUUACAUAUGCGGAUUACAGCUGGAUUGAAUGACCACGAGUAGGAUCGGAAAAAUCAGUUCACAAGUGGCAAAUGGGCAGUUUACUCCGCCAGAGGAAUUGUAGUUGCGUCGAGACAACACCUAACGCCUGCCAAAUCUUUGGCUUGUGAUAUCCCUCCACUUUCUGUCCUCCAUGUCUAACUCGUCGGGACCAACCAGUCCGAACGAUGAUCUCCCACAAGAAAUCAUUCAGCUGGCCAACCAUGCUGUCCAGUUCGAUAAGUCUGGAAACUUGGAAGUGGCGAUUUAUUACUACACGGAGGCCGCCAAUUCCUUGGCGCAGGCCAAAAAGCAUAAUAUUCCCUUUCCUAAUCUCGAUGAACGGUUCAAAGAAUAUCGCCGCAGAGCGGAAAAGCUCAAGGAAAUUCAGAUUGCGAGGAAGGAAAAAGAACUUUUAGAGAAUGUUAAAGAGCAAUCUCAAAAAGAUCUCGAAAGGGCUGAAUUUCUCCUCUACGCAGCUCUUGAUGCUGACGAGUUGCAGGAUAAGAAGCAGGCUGUUGAACUCUAUUCGGAAGCCAUCGAAUUAUGUUUGGGAGCGAGAAAUCGGACAUCCAGCCAGGACUUGAAGAAAAAGUUAGGCAGUCUGGCUGCAAAGUGUCUUGACCGCGCGGAAUUCCUUAAGAAACAGAAAGAGUCAUCAGAUGGAGAACGCAUGGAUCUGAGUCGGCUGCCUUCUGUACCAACGACUCCUCUAAGCCCUACGGAUAGCCUACCGAGUCCGGUCAGUCCGACCAUGGGGAUGUCAUUGCCAGCCGGAGGGCAACUACCGGGAAUGGAUAUUAACGCUUCUGUCCCGGCGAACUUCGCGCCCUUGCCCAAGAGUUCAUCUAGCUCCACACUUACAGUCAGCGGAAGCGAAUCAUAUUCAAAAGAAGAAAUUGAAGUCCUGAGGAAAACCUCUCGGAUUAAUGGACGCGACUAUGUUCCGUUUAUGGCGGUGGAUGAACGAGAACGUUUUGCCUUUCCCGAUCUGUUUGUGGAUCGCGACGGUAAACUGGCUCUGGCACCCAAACAGCUUAGUGCCUUCAAGGGUUGGGCGCGUCCCUCGGAGCUAUGUAGCGCGCCGCGCAUGUACGAUUCCAUUGAUCCCUUCACGAUUCGACAGUCUAUCAUUUCAGACUGCUCCUUUGUGGCUUCGUUGGCAAUUAGUGCAUUGUACGAGAAGCGCUUCAACAAGAAGCUGAUUACCAGCAUUAUUUAUCCGCAGAAUCGCCAGGGUGAUCCCAUAUAUAAUCCGAGCGGAAAGUACAUGGUGAAAUUGCAUGUUAACGGGGUGCCUCGGAAGAUAAUUAUUGAUGACUAUUUGCCCAGCAAUAAAUAUAUGGAUAUUCUAUGCUCGUACUCGCAUAACAAAAAUGAGAUGUGGGUGUCACUGCUGGAGAAAGCCUACAUGAAAGUCAUGGGGGGCUACGAUUUCCCUGGAUCGAAUUCGAAUAUCGAUUUGCAUGCGCUGACGGGCUGGAUCCCAGAACGAGUGAACAUCCGGCUCAAGGAAGAUUCUUUCCGACCAGAUGAGUUCUUCUUGAAAAUAUCCGAAAGGCACAAGAAAGGCGACGUAUUAGCAACAGUCGCCACAGGUGACAUGUCCGCUAAGGAAUCGGAGCGUACCGGUUUGGUCCCUCUGCAUGCUUAUGCUCUUCUGGAUGUCAGAGAAGUGCAGGGUAAACAACUCUUUUUAUUAAAAAAUCCUUGGAGUCAUAUGCGAUGGAAAGGCAAUUUUUCGGAACGGGAUGUUCGUCAUUGGACUCCGUCAAUGCAGUCCGCACUCAGUUAUGACCCGCAAAGCGCCAAGCAGUUUGAUAACGGCGUUUUCUGGAUUGAUUAUCCUUCGGUGCUGCGGUUUUUCGAUGUGUUUUACCUUAACUGGAAUCCUGCACUGUUUCGUUAUACAUAUUGCAUCCAUCAAGAAUGGAGGGCUGGACUGGGUCCGGUUAAAGACGUCUACGAUAUGAGUGGAAGUCCCCAGUUCCGCCUGGAAGUUACGUUUCCUCCCGGCGUUACCACUGCCGCCUUGUGGGUGCUACUCACGCGGCACAUUACGGAUCGUGAUGAUUUUGCCAAAAAUAAGGAAUAUAUUACACUUUUGGUGUAUAAAACUGAAGGAAAGCGUAUAUUUUAUCCAUAUGAUCCGCCGCCAUUUAUCGAUGGGGUUCGAAUUAACAGUCCGCACUACCUUUGCAAAAUGUUACUGCAGCAGUCAGCCGGUGCCACACAACGCUAUACUUUGGUUGUAUCCCAAUACGAAAAAACGAAUACAAUAUUCUAUACCUUACGGUGUUUCUCCACCGUCGCGUUUAAAAUGUCAAAAAUCGUGCACAGUUAUGGUUAUAAAGAGGAUAUUAUCAGUGGGAAAUGGAAGGGUACGACCGCUGGCGGCUGCCCCAAUUAUCCCAAUACUUACAAAAACAAUCCGAUACAUCAGAUCAAUUUGGACAACGCCAAACCAGACAAUCAACUGCUGAUUACAUUGAAAGGCCCAAAGCAGUAUUCUGUCGGCUUUGACAUCGUCACUGUGGUUUCGCACUGUCCGACGGCUUUUGCUAAUUUUACACGGAAAUCCACCGGAGCGUUUCGGUCCGGUUUUUGUGUGCUGGAACUGGAGGCCAUUCCAGGGGGUGUGUACAAUGUUAUACCGAGUACUUUUCUGCCUGGGCAGGAAGGCCCUUAUUUUCUGUCUGUGCAAGCGUCAUGCCCGAUUAAAGUCUCGCAGCUCCAGUGAAAGAUGUUUUUAUAGUGAUUUUAUUUGUUAUGAUAUUUUGCAUACCGCUUGUUACAUGUUAUCUAAAUGGUGUGUACAUAUAUUUUAAUUGCGCUGCUUCUGCCUCUUUCUGUGAUUUUCGGUCUUUUCCGCUUUAUGUGAUAGGUCAUGUUGCUCUUAAACUUUGACAAGGUCGCUUUGAUAUUAAGAAAUAACCGAGGAUCGCAUCGCGGGACCGCACUUCUUUUUGCGCGCACGUUUGCCGCUUUUGCAAAUCUGAUUUUUUUGUACUUGUAAUGCAAUUCUCAAGUAUCUGAAGUUUGGAUAGACCGAAGCUGUGCAUAUCAUUACAAGAUUUUUAUUUUGUACCGCGCUGGCAUUGAUAAAUGUAAUUAAAAUGGA